AUGUCUACAUUGUCAGUUCUUGACAUGUAUCCGACUCGUGCGUCGCCUACACUGCCCAUCAUCAACUUGGCCAUACAUAGAAAGGCGAUGGAAGAUGGUGUUGGUAGUGAUGGCCGAAGUGGUGGAGGAGGCGGAGGAGGCUCGUACGAACAUCACCUUGGUCUAUCAAUCAGUAGCAGUAGCAGCAGUAGUAUAGUCAGCAGCAGUAGUCAUGGUAGUAGUCUUGGCGGAUCAUUCAAUGAUCGACUGCAUCAUCAUCACACGCUCACACAUCAUCACCUUGAUUACGUGGACGAUGAUGUCGUCGACCUCUUAUUGUCGCCGUCGGCCUCCACCCCCACACUAAUGGUCACUGGCAACAGUAGUGCCCGCGAUAGACACAGUAAUAUAGAGAAUACAUUGACAUCGACGACCAACACGACGACCACAACAACGACGACCACGACUACCACGACCACCAACAAUCAAUCAAUAAGCAAUCCAAACAAUAUCAAUCAACCUUCAUUCAAUGACCUCAGUCUGACAUGCGACACACUCACAGAGACGGACGACGACGACUUUGACAUGGCGGCAGCCGCAGACGACGAGGAAGAGCAGGUCACAGAGGUGUUCUUUGGAAAUGACGCAGACGAGGAGGAGGGUCGUUCAGUCAGGUUCGACAGCUCGCACAGUGUCAAGCGUGUUCACAGCAGUAGUCGCGCAUCCUCGAGCAGUCCUGGAAGUGGCGGCAUCACCGCACAACAGGAGUUUCUCGAGAGUCUGACGCCACACCAACAGAACCAAUUACAGUUGUUGCAGGAACUGUAUCAUAGUAGUUCAAGGAGGAUGCGUGAGCAUCGAUCACCUGCAACUGUGGCAAUGUCCUCGCCAAACGUCGCGGGCAGUCCUCAUCGAUCGAACGCAUGGCCCUCGUCCUCGGACUCACCACGACUCAACACGCCACCCAUGCCCAUCCCAUUCCUGUCGUCCUCUCCACACUCUGCCAAUCAAGCUCACUCGCACGGCAACAGCAACAUCAACAACACCAACAACAAUGAUGUCCAUCAGAUGUCGCCAUCACCUUCACAGUCACCCCUGCUGGUGCCCCCUUAUGCCUCGCCCAUGUUCCUGAACUCGGGCAACUUCUCCCCACCAUCCAAGUCGAGCACCAAGGGCAGCAACAGCAGUGGCGGCGGUACCAAUCUAAACGUGGCCAACAACGUCUUCUCCAACAUCAUCAAGAAGGGCAAGAGACUGACAACGAUGUUCAGCAAGGAUGGCGACGCGGACGAGCAGCAACAGCACCAACAGUACAGCUACGUACAGAUCUAUCGUGGCAUCAAUGGAGAGAGCUGGCGAGCAAAGGUGAACUCAUCGACAACAGUGCGCGAUCUAAUCUCAAUGCUGUUGAGCACGACCACUAUCGAUCCGACGACUCUUACACUCUACAUCACUCGCUCACUCAAUGAUUCAUCGUUGGGCAGCAACAGCUCGUCCAACAACCAUGGCGACCUCAACAAGCCAGUCGAGAGGCAAUUGAAUGAGGAUGAGAAGAUACUAAAGGCCCAAAGGAAGUGGCCUGGUCCAUCUGUAUUUAUACUAAAGACAAAGAAAUUAUCCCCAAUGGCAUCUUUAUCUCCAUCACUCAAGUCCACCACCCCAUCACCAAUGUUCGAAUCGACCUCAUUGCACGUGCCGUCCUCGGUCGACGGCAGUGGCGGCGGCGGCCCCAUGCCAUACCUGAAUUUGAAUCACGACGGCAGCACCAACAUGGACAAUUCGUCCGAGUCUGAGUCGUGCUCCACUUGCAGCAGCUCCAACAGUCAAUCACCCAGCUUGGACCAUCAAUCGAGGAGGACAAGAAGGAAGCACUGGAAGAACGGCGAGUAUCCUAAAAAGGAGAUACGCUGGAUCAGUCCAUUGGAGCUUGCAAUCAGUACCAAGAUUGGAGAAGGUUCCUUCUCACGCGUCUACAAGGGCACGUACAAUGGCAAGACUGUAGCGAUCAAAGUGCUAAACAACAGCACACCAGAGCAAUGGACAAACUUCAAGAAAGAGUACCGCAUCCUCAGCAUGACUUCACAUCCUCGUUUGAUCAAACUAUAUGGCGCAUCAAAAGAGAGCAAGUUACUGAUGGUGAUGGAGUACUGCGGUAAUGGAAGUUUGGCCAAGAUCAUGGCAAGGAAGAACUUUGUCUUGACCUGGGAGCUGGUGUUGAAGUGGAUGUUGGAGGCCUCAGCAGGCAUCAACUUCCUACAUACAAUGACACCAGCACUUGUACAUAGAGAUAUUAAGCCACAUAAUUUAUUGAUAACAACACAAUAUGCACUCAAGAUUGCAGACCUUGGCUUGACCAAGGAGAUAGACAUGCAGACCAAUACCCUCAAAGGAACACUGGACUACAUGGCACCAGAACUAUUCGAUGAGGUAGCACCGAGUCCAUCAUCGGAUGUAUACUCCCUUGGAAUUGUCUUUUGGGAGCUUGCCAAUCGAUUCCUCAUGGGCAAGUACAAGAGACCGUUCGAGGACAUACCUCAGAUCACAUUCAGCUACCAGAUACCUAUAUUCACCAAGCAGGGCAUCCGCCCCAAGAUGCCCGACAACUGUCCGCCCAACCUGGAGGACCUCAUCCAGCGCUGCUGGCAUCAAGACCCUGCACAAAGACCAUCCUGUUAUCAAGUGUUGUUGGACAUUGAGCAAAUGUACAAUGACUACGUCGAUCAUCAUAACAGCAAUGGCAAUGGCAAUGGCAAUGGCAAUGGCAACGGCAACAACAGUGUACAUUACCAAUCGCGACCAUUACCGACAAUGGCAUUGUAG